AUGAGUUGGCUUAUUAUCCUUCUUCUCUGCGUGGGUACAUCAAGUGCUCAGUUUCUGAAUAUAACCAAAAAAGGGAGCACAGACCUGGAGGACCGACUUUUAAAUCUCUUUUUAAGAUUGCAACUGGAGGAAUUGUAUAACACCCUGUUGGUCUAUGGAGAGGACUGUGUAUUUCAUUCCCUAUCCCGACGCUUGGAUGUGUCCACAGUUCUGGUUUCUUCAGGCAGCACCUCCUUCGAUUGGAACUUCAGCAGCUUAACCCUGAUCGUCAGCUGUGAUCCCGAAGCCGAGAAGGAGUCGAUCCACCGCACUCUAGUGAAAUUGCUAAGAAACAGGCGUUUAAUCUACCUUCCUGGAGAUAUUCAACCAAGUUCUGUGUGCGAUAGCUAUUCCAAUAAGGAGCAACACAACAUAGCUAUGGUAAAAGGAGACUUCCACAAGUCGGAUGUCAUCUACGCCUGUCGCUACUUUCAAGAUCCCAACUUUGAAGAAGUGACCUUAUCCGAAAAGAGCCCUGUUUAUAUAGAAAACUUUCUGAAUAUGCACGGAAAGCCUAUAAAGACUGGCGCUGAUUUCCUUCCUCCUCGCUCCAUGCUUUAUCUGGACUCGAAGAGUGGCGAAAAGAAGAUGAUGGGCUAUGUGGCCAAUGUGGUCAACAGCUUUGCCGAGAAAGUGAAUGCCAGCUUGCAAUUGGAGAAUCUGGGCAAUAAGUUCAUCGUGAGGGAAAUUCUAAAGAUGGUGGAGAACGAGGAGCUCGACAUCGGCACCACCUUGGAUAAUUCUUUGCGUACAUCUCUCAUGGAAACAUCCAGCUAUCCGUAUAUUCUCACAACUUACUGCCUGAUGCUCCAGGUUCCACCUAGGCUGCCCUACAACCUGGUGUAUGGCGUCAUCAUGGAUCGUCUUGUGGUCGGCAUUACCAUCUUCCUGCUCUGCCUGUUUUCCGUGCUGCUGAUUUACAGUUGGAAAAUGUCCUGGCAGGACCUCAGCCUGGCCAACAUCCUGGUGAACGACAAAAGCCUGCGCGGUCUUUUGGGCCAAUCGUUUCCCUUUCCCCAAAACGCAAACAAACACCUCAGGCUGAUUGUCAGCAUACUCUGCUUUGCCAGCAUAAUGAUCACCACCAUGUACGAGGCCUAUCUGAAUGCGUUCUUCACGAACCCCCCGUCGGAGCCUGAGGCUCGCUCCUUCCAGGACAUUGGUCGUCAUCACCCGAGGCUGGCCAUCCCCCUGAUUGAAUUCAAUUCUCUGAUCAAGACGAACAACUCUCACUUCCGCGAAAUCGACGAGGAUGGUGUUGUGGUCUUCGACAACUUGCCGGAGUGCUACGAUCUGCGUGACCAGUUCAAUCUGAGCUACAGUUUCGUGGUUACGGGGGACCGCUGGAGCUCCUACGCUGAGCAACAGAAGAUCUUCAGGGAACCCCUCUUCUACUACGCGAGGAACUUGUGCUUCUCCAGGCUGAUCUUCAUGUCCAUCCCCCUGCGAAGACAUCUUCCCUAUCGACACCUUUUCGAGGAGCACAUGAUGCGGCAACAGGAGUUCGGAUUGGUGAACUACUGGAGGAGCCACAGCUUCUUCGACAUGGUGAGACUCGGACUGACUCCCCUGGAGGAUCUCAGUCGUCCAAGAGCCUACAGUCCAAGCAUACUACUGGAGGACGUCUCGUGGAUCAUGGUACUCUACUUGGUCGCUGUGGGUAUCUGCGUUUUCUGCUUCUUGUUGGAGGUAGCAGGAGGGAAAUGGAGGCGCUGGCGGAACUUGCGUAACUAA